AUGAAAAUUUUAAGUAUAUUGAUAGAAUCAAUUCGAUGUUUUCAAAUCGGUAAUGAUCUUAUUCAAAAUAAUCCAAAUGAAUUAUUAUUAGUUGAUCCUAUAAUAAAAUGUCUUUGUUCUUCAACUUAUAUUAAUAUAUUAAAACAAAUCGAUAUUAAAUCAAAUGAUCCUAAUGCAUUUGAAGAUUUUAUACUUGGCACAUGUCCAUAUAAUAUAUUAAUAACAACAUAUUAUAGUUCUGAAACAAAUUUAACUAAUUCAGCUAUUUUAUUUAUAUUUAAUUUAACACAUGAUUUUGAAAUAGCUAUGAAUAAUUUAUGUCACAGAUUUCUAGAUAUUCCUAUUGCACAUUUAUUAGCUACUUUAAAAGAAAUUGUUUGUUCAUUAACAUUUAAUAAACAUAUUUAUGAUAUAUUAAUACAUAAUUAUGAAAAUUUUUUUAUUUAUUUAAAAAAUAUUCUUAUUCAUUCAAAAGAAGAAGGUGUUCAAGCAGCUUCUAAAGGAAUUUUAUCUUAA